AUGGCUGGGAAAAAACUAGAAUGCGACCAGUAUACAGCAAUGAUAGGCCUGAUGAACCUAUCGAACGAUCAUCUGGGCGAAGAUAUAAGAAAUAUGGACCUGACACUGAUAAAAGAACUCCUAAUGAACAAGGUGUUAAAUUUCAAUAACCACCUGAGACAAAUAUGCUACUGGACGGAAGUCUCAAGCUCCAACGAAAAAAAACGCAGUUUAACACAAAAGUUUACAGAUUUAUUCCAAACGAAUUCGCAACCGAAGGUAAACGGGGAGUCGUCAGAAAAUACAAAGGGAACACAAGAUCCAUCAACGAAGCAGAGUAACUUGAUAAGCAGACUGAAGAAUCUAAACCGUAACGAGUUCUUUGUAUAUUCAACUUCUUUAAGUUUUAACCCUAACAUCAAGUGUGGAUCGGACCUGUUGAACCCCUCGAAUGGAGGAGGAAUUGUGUUCACAAUCACAGCAAAGAUGCCUUUGGACGAGAAGCAGAGGAAGUUGUACCUCCAGAUACUGUUGCGAUACUUGGGGAAAAACUCAGUUCUUCUCCAAGUCAAGUCUGAGAACUCGACUUCCCUGGACAAAAUCUUAUCUAACACUAAUGUAGUACACGAGGACCCAACGACUGAUGGUUCAGCCGUUCUGAAGCCAAUUCCGAAAUACUUCGACGAAGACUACUCAGAUGAGGACUCAAAUGACAACAAAUGUAGUAAUGAGAGCGUUCCAAACAACUACUCCUUCUUCCGUCACAGCUCGUACCUGUUAUCCAAGUACGCUAACAGCAAGCUGGUGGUGAAGGAGGAGGACGAUAAGUUUGUAACUCAGCGUCUGCUCCAAGUCAAGUUGCAGAGACGCAAAAGGUAG